AUACUCUUUUACAGGCUACAACCCCACCUGUGGUUUGCUUGGCUUAUUGUUUUUUGUGCAGACAUGUCCUUGUGCUCCAUUCCAUUCCCCUUUUUGCCUCAGUUGGUGAGUCAGGAGUGAGUCACUGAACGAGUGGAGUAGAUAGAUUCCAGAACUCACUCCUUACUCCACAACAGCUAGGAUAGGAUCCUUAACUUCUUCUUCAUCUCUUCUUUCUCACUUUACACUUUCCUUUUUCCCCUGGGUGUGAAACUUGAAUCUGGUUUCAGGUUAGUAUGUUCGCAUCUUUCCUCAGUUCUUGAAUAUCUCCAAACAUCAUCUCUUUUCUCCUUAUUGAACCCAUCUUGCUAUUUUGACUUUAGUGUUUCUAGUUGUUUCUUUACUUCCAUUAUUUGUUCUAACUUCAAUGGCUUUCAUUUUUUAGUGUAUUUUAUAGCUACCCAUUUCUGUUUUAGAUUUGGGUUUUCCUCUCUGCUACUUUUUAUUACCCAGAUCAACUCUGUUUUCUUGAAUCUUCCCAUUCUUGUACUCCCAAAAGAGAUUUUGGAACCAUUCUGUAUCAACUGUGCACCUUUUUUUCUUGAAUCUCUCCUUCUUGUGCUCAGGAGUGGAUUUUGGCUCCUUUAGGUAUCAGUUGUGCACCCAUCUCUUGUUAUUUUGAGACCCAUUUAAGAAAAAGAUCAAAGUUUUGAUCUUUCUAGAAGCAGAUAUGGAGGAGAAGAUGGGGUGGUGUUCAUGGGGUAUUAGGUUACUUUCAUUAUUUGCAAUGGUGUGUACAGUGAGUGGUAUUGGUGCAAACUGGGGCACACAAUCGACUCAUCCGCUGCCCUCAGAUACUGUAGUGAAGUUGCUGAGAGAGAAUGGGAUCCCAAAAGUGAAGCUCUUUGAUGCAAACUAUGAUAAUCUUCGGGCUCUGGCUCGAUCAGGCAUUGAGGUCAUGGUGGGUAUCCCCAAUGACAUGCUUGCUUCUCUUGCUAACAGCCUCAAGGCUGCUGAGAAAUGGGUUCAAAAGAAUGUCUCCACACAUAUAAAUAACAACGUCAACAUCAGAUAUGUUGCAGUUGGCAAUGAACCUUUCUUGGAGACAUAUAACGGCACCUACGUCCAACCAACCUUACCUGCUCUUGUCAACAUCCAGUCUGCCCUGAUCAAAGCUGGACUUAGCAACCAGGUAAGGGUUACUGUCCCCCUCAAUGCUGAUGUUUAUGCAAGUUCGACAAGCCUUCCAUCGGGGGGUGACUUCCGAACUGAUAUCCAUGAACUCAUGACUAACAUUGUAAAGUUCUUGAGUGAAAAUGGUGGCCCCUUCACUGUGAACAUCUAUCCCUUCAUAAGCCUGUAUGCUGAUGCCAACUUCCCUACUGAAUAUGCAUUCUUUGAUGGCAACGCAUCACCUCUAAAUGAUGGUGGGAAUAUAUAUUACAACAUGUUUGAUGCUAAUCAUGACACUCUUGUGUAUGCCUUGCAAAAGAUUGGUUACGGGAACUUGCCAAUUAUAGUUGGAGAGAUUGGGUGGCCCACUGAUGGAGAUCGGAAUGCAAACAUAGAGUAUGCUCGGCGGUUCAACCAAGGAUUCAUGAAUCACAUUUCAGGUGGGAAAGGAACGCCAAUGAGACCUGGGCCCAUUGAUGCCUAUUUAUUCAGUUUGAUUGAUGAGGAUGCUAAGAGCAUUGCUCCUGGUAAUUUUGAACGCCAUUGGGGAAUAUUUACUUUUGAUGGAUUACCAAAAUAUGCUCUCAAUCUGGGUACCACAAAUUCAGGUGCUUUAGUUCCAGCAAAAGGUGUGCAGUACUUAGAGAAGAAGUGGUGCGUGAUGAGCCCUAAAGCCAAACUUGAUGAUCCACAAGUCGCACCUAGUGUAAGCUAUGCCUGCGGACGGGCUGACUGCACCAGCCUAGGUUAUGAGACAUCUUGUGGAAACUUAGAUGCUCUGGGGAAUAUAUCCUAUGCAUUUAAUAGCUACUAUCAGAAGAAUAAUCAGCGAGAUGAAGCCUGCAAGUUUCCAAGCCUCUCAAUGAUCACCAAAAAAGAUCCAUCAGUUGGUUCUUGCAGGUUUGAGACAAUGAUCCAGCCUUAUUACGCAGGUGCAGAACGGAGAUUUGGGUCAUUAAGUAUAGUUUCAUUUUUUAUUCUUAUCUUGCUAAUGGCUCUAUGAGUUCUUAGGUUAUCUCUAUAUCAUGAGGCAUCCUUUUUUCUCCAGCUAUUGACAUGAUGUUUUGACUGCUUGAAGAUGGCAAAUUUUGCAACAUAGAACUGAAUCUAUGUUUGGUUUUAGUUAUGCUGUUAAAUUCGGAAUGAUGUGUAUUACUUAAUGCCAUCCAGUUAGGGUAUUGCUGGAGACUUCUGAUUAUGAUGAAUCAAACAUGUUCUCAUGAGCAUAUUCUAUGCAUUUACAAGCAUUCUAAUUUCUCACAUAUGGUUUACUAGUAUUAAUACAUUGCAUUGUUUCCU